AUGGAUGAGUUUGCCGCGCCUUCAUCUUCUAGCGAUCCCCCGUCGCCUACAACUGACUGCCAGACCGUGGCUCUCCCUUCAACAUUAUAUCCCGAUAGCGUUCCUCUUAUCGGGCCCGGUUUGAACCCCCAGUUCUACAAUCCAACUGGUCCUCGGAGCCGUCGGCGAACGACUGAUGCCCAGCUGCAGGUUUUACUCGAAGCCUAUGUCCAGGAUUCGAGACCAACCAACGCGCGUAAAAGGGAGAUUGCCAGUCAGAUUGGAAUGGAUGUGAAGCGGGUGUGGUUCCAGAACAGACGAGCCACAGCUAAAGUAAACGAACACAAAAGAACGCGUGAACCGGCGACCAGCACAGGCUCAGCGCAAGACUUGACUCACCGAGCUCUCGUUCUGAGCCCGACAUUCACAGAGCCAUCCACCUCCAAUCCUACCCAUCGGGGUCCGCCCAAGUUUGCGCGGCCAGCCCGUCGACUGGAUCCUUCCCCAGAGCCCGAGGAGAUCGGUAUAGCCUUACAUCCAGUGACUGUACCUGAACAAGUGGAUGAACAUGAAGCCGCUCCGGCCUCGCUUAAUCCUGGUUUGUCGUCGGAACACGGCGUAUCCGAAGCCCUACGCGAGGGCGCUGACGUUUCAUCCUCAUCAUUGGGUAUCCAGUUUUCUCGUGCGAAAGGAGUGUCAAUUGAGGGCAACCUACCCAUAUCUGACACCAACGCUGUAACCACCGUGCCUGUUGCUGGAAGUAGUGAAAGCCAUCAGACGUCCCCGGCUCAAUCUCUACAACUCCUCAGCCUAACCGCCGCUCAGCUCACUCAGCUCCCUGCCUCAAGUCAUGCGUCCCAGGCGCUCACUCCUGGCUCAAGCCCAACCGCGUAUCGAAACCCUUUCAUUCCUUCAAAUCCCAUCUCCCCCCAUGCGCUCCGUCGCCAACAAGACGUCAUGUUUGGUCGCCAUCAGAGUUUACCGGGAUCCUCCUCUCGUCAAAGGAGUGCGCCAUACCCUUCCCCUCGAAAUCUAACGAUUGGCUCUGCGGCGUCUUCGAUAUGGUCUCAUUGGCUUCCCCUUUCCCCUACAUCACCCACUAUGACUCAUACCUUGACUCGUCGGCGGUCCACGGUGGGGUUCAAUCGUCCCACGAUGUCAUUCGUUCCAAUGGGCUCAGGAGAUCCUUCGUCAUCAGGCGAAGGGGAUGUGUCAGGAAGAUAUUCCACUAGACAGAAUUCUGGGUACAUAUUCCGGCGAAGGGGUUCUGCACCUGUUCCUGUGGAAGCACAGACGGACAUUCUGCCAAUUGCACAGGACAGGCUCAAAAACCAAGGAGAGGAAGGUGAUCCAGCCAGCAACAAUGAAGCUAGACCAUCUACUGGAGACGCAAGUGGUGAUCUGAGCGAGAGUGGGUCCACCUUUAGAUCCAUUGCAGGGACAGCCUCUCGUAUGAGUGUGCAGGCUGGGUUCAUGCCCCAUCCCUUGGCCGUGCAUAGAUCGGGAGGAUUUCGCGCGCGACUCCACGAUCAUCCUGAGUCUGUCUUCGAUCUACCUGUCGAUGCGCCGCCCAACCUGCUCACACCCUCGUUAUCUAAUCCGUCCCGCAGGCAAUUCUACAACACCCUCCCGAGGUCCUCAGCAUCUCAGGUGCAGCCCCUUUCCUACAGACACAGCCUUCCAGUUCUUGAGCAUCACCCGACGCAAGAGUUUCCUGGACCCUCGGAACAUGAUACCCAUGGAUUUUGGCCCCCGGUUCGCCAUAUUGGGCCGUUGCCUCCUGGACCAUUACCUUCGCCACAUUACACUCUUGGAACGUCGUCCAGUUCCGGGUCUGCCAGUCCCGGCAGUGGGUCUGGAAGCAACAAGACACCCACCAAGGCCGACUCGGAUGAGAAAGCCAAAGGGGAAGAGCCCGAGAACGCUCCGACAGCGGAAGAAGUGUCUCGAGAGGAAAGUGCAACCGAUUCGAGCAUGCCUCCUUUGCAGGACGUUCCCUCAUCCUCCUUCCAGGAGUUCGUUACCCCCCAAGAUUAUCGAAACACUUCUUUCCCAUCUGUUUACUCGUCAGAUGCUUCGUCAGUCAUCCGUCGCGGCCACGCAUCAACGGCGUCCGUGGAGUCCUCCUUAUCUAGAUUUGGCUCGACCCCCAGCAUCUACUCGACUGGAUCUCUCGCGACAAGUAUAAGUAUUGGAGUCCUCGCGCGGAACACGGUGGAACAUGAAGUAUGCGAAGAUGUGCCAUCGGGCGGCCAUGAGCAAGGACCUUACAGUGCUCCGCACCAUGUACAGUCAAUGCCAAUGCCUCGGCCUCCACCACUCAUCUUGUCGCAUGCCUCAACCUCGGGUACGGGAAUGAACGCUUUGGGUCGUUCCCCUCCGUCGGCACAAGGAAGUGGCCAGUUUGAUCGGCAAUGGGCAUUCCCUGAUGGAUUUGCGCCUGAUAUUAGGCGAGCCUCAUGUCCUGCCACCUUUGUCCAUCCCAUACUUGAGACUGCGAACGAAGGUGGUGAAGGGAUUGGAGGCAACGAAACAGUUCCCUCACCACCAUUCGUUGUGCCUCGGCUCGAAGAUGCCCCGUCUGUUAUGGCUGGCCGCGUUCAAGGCACCCCUAGUCCUCUUACUAAUACCGGGCUCAACUACGAGGAUGAUUCUCCAGGGGCAAGCACUAAUACUCCGUCGACGCCUAGCGUGUACUUUACACCCCAAGCUGGGUCUCCUAGCACACCAUAUACUAUCGAGACUCCUAUUCCUGUGUGGAGCGCUCCUUAUUCUGCCCAUACCGCUGCUUACACCGGACAUGGGUAUCCGGCUUAUGGGAGCAGCUACGAAUACGUUCCGGCCUUAGGCCAGAACCCUAGCUAUCCUACGGAGACGUCGAUUAGCUCUUACUACGUGCCCGGAAAUAGCGGUGGGUCACGAAGCGCUGGCCAUGAUGAAUCUGCUGCUGGGGACCGGUAUGAACAUCCACCUAUUGCGCGUCCACUUCCUGUUUUCCAUCCGCCACAGCAAUCCAAUGCCCCUUUCGAAGCCACUGUGAGUGGUGUGGAGAGUAGUGUGGGGGGCAGUUUCCCUCACGGAUCAUACGGUUCGCCCCAUGUUGCUAUCGUCGCAUCUUCUCCCUAUAAUCUCACACCUCCGCCUCCUGUUGUUCAUGGUCCUGGUCCACUCUAUGGCGCUUCGCUCGUUUACCCUCAUGGGGCCAAUCCUGCCCUCGCGUCGUACGAUGUAUAUAGUUCUCCGGCUACUUCUACCGCGUAUUCUCAUGAUACUCCGGCCCAGCCUUUGACCUACACGCCUACGUCCGUCGUGUCGCACGAAUCGACGCCUGGUUCUGGCUUCGGGAUGAGCACAGAUUAUUCUCCCGGAUUUCCCGGCGACACGCCUGAGAGUGUUCUGUCUGAGUAUCCAUAUCCCUCGAGCUCGGCUACAGUGCAGCCCCAUCAGCAGCAACAGAUGCAACCUCGAUAUGUGCCACCCACUACAUAUCAGCUUCAAUAUAAGGUUCCAAAGGUACCCGCGCGAUCGUCACUCGCUGGGGCUCUUGGCCCUGAAGUCCCACUAGAGCAGCCAUCUUCGGGCUCCUGA